AGAGAGAGGUUUGAGGGGAGACAAUCAAAAGAGAGAUAGAGACGUUUGAGGAGAGAGAGAGAGAGAGAUGGCACACCCCAUCCAUGCUAUCUUCUUCCCUUACCCUCUGCAAGGCCACAUAAUCCCCUCCGUUCAACUGGCCCUGAAGCUUGCAUCUAAGGGCCUAACCAUCACCUUUGUCAACACUGAGGCCGUCCACGCCCAAACCGUCAAAGCUUAUAACAAUUCCCUCUCUAAGACCCUCAACGACUCGAUCGACUGCAGCAAUUCGACCGACGACAUUUUUUUCGGUGCUCGAGAGGCCGGACUCGAUAUCAGAUACAGAGUAGUGAGUGAUGGACUCCCCCUUGAAUUUGACAGGUCUCUCAACCAUAACCAAUUCAUGUUCUCUCUCCUCCAUGUCUUCUCGGCACAUGUCGAGAAGAUUAUCAGAGAGGUCGCCCUCGACGGACCCCCGAUCUCGUGUAUCAUCGCCGACACCUUCUUCGUUUGGGUGGCUCCCAUGGCUGAGAAGUUUGGAGUCCCCCAUAUCUCAUUCUGGACAGAACCAGCACUUGUUUUCUCACUCUACCAUCACGCCCACCUCCUUAGACAACAUGGUCAUUUCGAUUCAGAGGGCAAAAACCGCAAGGACCCCAUCGACUACAUCCCCGGCAUCCCCUCCAUUGACCCCAAAGACAUCCCCUCCUACCUCCAAGUAUCCGACACCUCGACUGUCGUCCACCAAAUCAUCUUGGCAGCCUUCAAUGGUGCCAAACGAGCCGACUGGGUCCUCUCCAACACCGUAGAAGAGCUCGAACUACACACCAUAGAGGCCCUCAACAACUACUUCCCGUUCUACGCAGUAGGCCCCAUUCUGCCCCCGAAAUUCACAGAAAACUCCAUCUCCACUAGCCUUUGGCCUGAAUCCGACUGCUCUUCAUGGCUCGAUACACAUCCCGAUCGCUCCGUCAUCUAUAUAUCCUUCGGAAGCUAUGCACACAUAAGCAAAGAAGAAAUCCAAGAGAUCGCGGAGGGGCUUAUGCUAAGUGGUCGCAGUUUCGUGUGGGUCUUACGCCCCGACAUCGUCUCUUCCGACGAGCCCGAGCCCUUGCCCAAAGAUUUUCAGGAAAGAACCAGAGGGCAAGGCUUAGUGGUGCACUGGUGUAGACAGAGAGAGGUGCUUAGCCAUAGAGCCAUUGGUGGGUUCUUGACUCACUGUGGUUGGAAUUCUAUAAUGGAGAGUGUUUGGUGUGAGGUGCCUAUGCUUGGGCUGCCAUUGUUGACUGAUCAAUUUACAAAUAGGAAGUUGAUAGUGGAUGAUUGGGGGGUGGGACUGGAUUUGAUGAGGAAGUUGAGGAGAGAGGAGGUUAAAGAGAAUAUGGAGAGGGUUUUUGGGGAGGAGGGAUUUAGAGAGAGAGUUAGGGAGGUGAGGGGGGUAUUAGCAAGAGCUAUUGGAGAAGAGGGGUCCUCUCAAGCGAAUUUGGACAAGUUUGUAGUGGAUUUGAAGAGGAAGCUUGGGGGACCCUCUAAAGGAGAAGUUAUUUCAUUUGAUAGAGAUGUAUAUGGGGAGUGAUUUAUGUAUUAAUUUUAUUGUGAUAGAACGAAACGAUCUUCCAAAAAAUUAUGUUAGGAGCAUUUGUUUUAUUUAAAUUUAUAUGGACAAAUAUAUAAUGA